AUGACAUUUGCCAUUCUUCCACUGAAGGCCGAACCAGCUGAGGCGCGCGCUGGCCGGACGCCGGGUCCUGGGCCUCGCUCGAGCGCCCGCGCCACGUGGGGCCGCGGCCGUGCCGUGCUGCCCCCUGGCGGCCGGAGCCGGGAGGCCCGGAGGCCGCCGCGCCGCACCUGGCCGCCUGCGGCCGCUCUAGGAACGCGGGGCCUCUCGGUGGUGGCGGGGGCCCGUCGUCGCGCGCCCAGGAAGGGGCUGUGCCCGAAGCCGGGGUUCUGCGGCGCGGGCGCUUCUGCAAGGCGCGCCAGGCCUCUCUGCCGAGCGGGCGGCCCGGCGCCGUCCUUGCACGCCCCGAGACCAUCCCUCUGGGGCCGAAGCCGCUCUGGUUUUCUUGUUUUUUCGCACGCCUGGCCGGCCCCGUCCCCCGACCCGUCGCGGGCGCGUUCUUUGUGCGGAUCCUGUUGCUGGGAACCCGUGGGUGCAGAGCGGACCUCGGGGCUCUGCGGAGAGCGGGAGCGCCGAGACGUGCCCCACCCGCCUGGCCUUCCGUUUACCUCUCAAGGAAGGAGUUCGAAAAGGACACUGCUUGAUGCAGCUGGCAGACUAGCUAAGGUCUGCGCGGUUAGGGGAGCAGAGCCGCGAGGGGCAUCAGAGCGGUGGGAAGAGGAGAGAGAGGCGGCGAAGACGAGGAGGAGGACGACGAGACCAAAAGCCGGAAAAGGGCAGAUGGAGCAGAAGCAACGAGGCGGCCCGGGCUCAGGCGGGAGCUUGGCGCGCUGAGAAGUCUCCCUCCGGGCGGCCUGGGUCUUCUCCAGGCAACAAGAGGGGCCCUGAACCUCUACCACCUCCGGCUGUGGGCAGAAGACUGUGACCAAAUCAAUCGUCCCACCGAACCUGGGGAGGAAAACCGGUUGGAGUUCUGAGCAGGAAGGCCCGCCUGGAGCGACCAUAGGCAGCAAAACCCAAGGCAGAGGCUACGACGGUCGGCAGGGCCUGGGUGUGGCUGCACGGCUAUAAAGGUGUGAGUUGAGACGGUUUAGCUGUGUCAGGGGGUAUAGCUCGGGGGUAGAGCAUUUGACUGCAGAUCAAGAGGUCUGCGGUUCGAAUCCGGGUGCCCCCUGCCCACGUGGCAUUUUGGAAUUUCCAGGCUUCAGCAAGCCUGAGGCCCAUGGCCUGCCUUCCUCGGGUCCCUGUAGUUCCAGCACCCCUCCACACCGAGAACAACACCCGCUGACCCUUUCCCACCUGGAGAUGUUCCACCCGGCACAGCCACCUAUGGGUUGUGGAGAGGUCCGCAGUGUGGGAGGCCUCAUUGGCUUCUUGCACUUUGCAAGGAAAUGGGGGGAGCAGGAUGCUGUCAGGGCCCCAGGAGGGUCCUGCUGCUCGCCAGAGUGUGGUAGAUGGAAGGAGCCCCAGGGAGGAGUAAGAAGUUGGGGUUCUGGUCCCAGCACCACCAUCACCCCACCUUUUCUCAUCAGCACAAGGGGUGUCAGCCAGAAGCAAUGAGGGCUGCUCGGCACAGGACAGAAGCAAGACUGGGGUCUGCGGACGGCUCUGGGGAGGCGUAGGAGACCCACAGAUUUCCAGGUCCCUGGACAGCCACUUUCAAGUGACUUUUUUCUGUAGACCAAAAUAUGUUUAAUGAAAAUACCUCUGAUCCAGGUGCUAAAGUAACUGGUAAGCUUAAAGUAUGCUAAUUGAAAGGCACCCUGUGGGACCUCCCUGGUGGCCUAGUGGUUGGGAUACUGUAGUUUCCCUGUAAGGGGCAUGGGUUUGAUCCCUGAUGAAGGGACUGAGAUCCUGCAUGUUGUGUGGUGUGGCCAUGAAACAAAAGAAAAAGUUUUAAACAACCAAAAAGCAUUUUUAAAAAGUAUUCUCAGUUGUAAUUUUUUUGUAUUGCAAUAUGUAAACAUUUUAGCCACAAAAUUUUCACAUUCUCUUUUUGCUUCCAUUCAAAGUACGUUUCUUCCACAAAAAUAUUUAUAAGACAAAGCUCUUGAAAUGAGUAUGAUUCUUUGGAAUAUUUCACCAAAUUUAGAUGCUGCAAAAUCAUAAGCUUUGAAAAUUUCAUUCCCUUCAGGUACAGAAUGUAAAUUACCCAAUUUAAAUGAGGAGCUUCAGCCAAAGACUCCUUAGAGAUAUCGCACAUGCAAUUUUAGAAAUUCAGAAUUAAAUCCUGUACAGCACGUGAAAUUUGAUUGUUUAACUUGUUCAGUUUCUCUCUUGCUUUUGCAAGAAUACAUUUCAAUAUCUUCCUGUUUGCAAAUUUUGUUUUCAUUUAUUGCAACUCUCUAAAGUUUUCAAAAGCUGAAGUUUUGGGGCACACCGUUUGUUGAAAACUUUGAUUAAAGAUUUCCAACAGGUUUGUGCAAAACACAACAACAAUUUUUGGUGCACAUUUUUACAAAAAGAAAAGUUUAAUACCAAUGCCAUUGCAGGACACUUAGGUUAAUUCACAAAGUAGUUCUUCAAAGGUUUAAACAUUUCUAAAAUCUUAGUGGUAUUGGGAACAGAUGUGUUUUAAGAGACUGAUUAUAUUGGUGGACCUACAAAAUAAUUCUAUUCAGUAGCUAUUUGUACUUUCUUAUACAUACUGCCAUCAUGAAAUAUUUUCUUGUAUUAAAUCAGCUGUGUCACAAAAGUAAUUUAGUUUUUUAAAAACUUAAACAAGGGCUUCCCUGGUGGCGCAAUGGUUGAGAGUCCGCCUGCCGAUGCAGGGGACACGGGUUCGUGCCCCGGUUUGGGAGGAU